AUGGUCCAGCUUCUUGACCUGCCCAAUGAAAUUCUGGAUCUUAUCUUUGAAAAUGUGCCGCUCCGCGACAUCUGGAGUUUUCAACAAUGCAGCAUCCUCUGCGAAAAGACUCUUGACGCCCAAAUGCUGGCUCGACAAGAUGCAGUCACGAACUUGAUGUUAUGGGGGUGUCAUAAGGGCAUUCCAUGGGCCAUCAAAAAGGCCUUGUCCCACGGAGCUGAUGUCAAUGUUGUCAGGAGAACCGUUCCCAUCAAAAGACAAAGAUUUUUCACAAUUGCUGAGGCCGAUCGUAACCUCAGCACAGUCGGAUUGCUCCUGGAUCUAGGCGCACGACUCGAUUUAGAUAACGGGAGAGAGCGUUACGUGCUGAGGAGGCAUAUCUUUAACCCUGACCACCCUGAGACACUGCAAGUUGUUCUUGAUCAUGGGGGCAAAGACCAAAUCGAAAAUUUCCAGACUGCCCUAGAUGAAGCCCUAAUUGACGUGUUGAGCGAAACAUACCGCGUCGAGGAACCGACGGCACAGCGAAUCUAUGCAAUUUGCAAGGCUUGGCUGGCAUACGGGGCAAACCCUGCCAGAUUGCUCGAGGAGCGUACAAUGACAGCUAUUGAAAGAGCUAUCUCUAAUUACGAAGAUGGGCGGGAUCCAAGAAUGACGAUUGCUCUGGUAGAACUCCUUCUAUCUGCAACGACUGAACCGCAAUCGCCUGCUGUUGAGGUUUACAGGCGCAAGGCAGAGGAGCCAAGGGGAUCUGUCGUCUAA